AUGCGGCCAGCUCGAGACAACGCAUCAGGUGCGAGUAGCCUGCGGGUUCCUGCCGACUUGGCGCGGAGCACUUUGGCAAGCCUGCCCUUCCCGCCUGACCCGCCGGCCCACCGGCCCCCGAGCACCCCUCCGACGGAGUCCCCGGGCCUUUUCACCGUGGCCGCUCCAGCCCCGGGAGCGCCUUCUCCUCCCGCCACUCUGGCGCACCUACUUCCCGCCCCGGCCAUGUACAGCCUGCUGGAGACCGAGCUCAAGAACCCCGUGGGGCCACCCACCCCUGCGGCGGGCGCAGGCGGCCCCGCAGCCCCCGGCGGCGCAGGCAAGAGCAGCGCGAACGCAGGCGGCGGCGCGAACGCAGGCGGCGGCAGCGGCGGGGGCUCGAGCGGCGGGGGCGGGGGCGGCGACCAGGACCGCGUGAAGCGGCCCAUGAACGCCUUCAUGGUGUGGUCCCGCGGGCAGCGGCGCAAGAUGGCCCUGGAGAACCCCAAGAUGCACAACUCCGAGAUCAGCAAGCGCCUGGGCGCCGACUGGAAACUGCUGACCGACGCCGAGAAGCGGCCGUUCAUCGACGAGGCCAAGCGACUGCGCGCCGUACACAUGAAAGAGUACCCGGACUACAAGUACCGGCCGCGCCGCAAGACCAAGACGCUGCUCAAGAAGGACAAGUACUCCCUGCCCGGAGGCCUGCUGCCCCCCGGCGCGCCCGCCGCCGCUGCCGCCGCCGCCGCCGCCGCCGCCGCCAGCAGCCCGGUGGGCGUGGGCCAGCGCCUGGACACGUACACACACGUGAACGGCUGGGCCAACGGCGCGUACUCGCUGGUGCAGGAGCAGCUGGGCUACGCGCAGCCCGCGACCAUGAGCAGCCCGCCGCCGCCGCCCGCGCUGCCGCAGAUGCACCGCUACGACAUGGCCGGCCUGCAGUACAGCCCCAUGAUGCCGCCCGGCGCCCAGAGCUACAUGAACGCCGCCGCCGCCGCCGCCGCCGCCUCGGGCUACGGGGGCAUGGCGCCCUCGGCCGCCGCCGCCGCGGCCGCCGCCUACGGGCAGCAGCCCGCCACCGCCGCCGCCGCCGCCGCGGCCGCCGCCGCCAUGAGCCUGGGCCCCAUGGGCACGGUGGUGAAGACCGAACCCAGCUCGCCGCCGCCCGCCAUCACAUCGCACUCGCAGCGCGCGUGCCUCGGCGACCUGCGCGACAUGAUCAGCAUGUACCUGCCACCCGGCGGGGACGCGGCCGACGCCGCCUCGCCGCUGCCCGGCGGCCGCCUGCACAGCGUACACCAGCACUACCAGGGCGCCGGGACUGCCGUCAACGGCACGGUGCCGCUGACCCACAUCUGA